CCGGCCGAACGGACGCUCUCGGUUUUCGUGGGCUGGCGUUUGUGCUUUAGGUGCUUUUUUUUCCCUUCACGGUGUUGUGGCGUUUGGGGUCUUUUUCUCCAGACUCCCAGGGCCUGCUUUGGGAUUUCGCCAUGUACCACAACAGUAGCCAGAAGCGGCACUGGACUUUCGCCAGUGAGGAGCAGCUGGCACGACUGCGGGCCGACGCCAACCGCAAAUUCAAAUGCAAAGCGGUGGCCAACGGGAAGGUUCUUCCAAAUGACCCAGUCUUUCUUGAGCCUCAUGAAGAAAUGAUGCUUUGCAAAUACUAUGAGAAGAGGUUAUUAGAAUUCUGUUCGGUGUUUAAGCCAGCAAUGCCAAGGUCUGUUGUGGGUACAGCUUGUAUGUAUUUCAAGCGUUUUUAUCUUAAUAACUCAGUAAUGGAAUAUCACCCCCGGAUAAUAAUGCUCACUUGCGCAUUUUUGGCCUGCAAAGUAGAUGAAUUCAAUGUAUCUAGUCCACAGUUCGUUGGAAAUCUGCGGGAGAGUCCUCUUGGACAAGAAAAGGCACUUGAACAGAUUUUGGAAUAUGAACUACUUCUUAUACAGCAACUUAAUUUCCACCUUAUUGUCCACAAUCCUUAUAGACCGUUUGAGGGCUUUCUCAUUGAUUUAAAGACUCGCUAUCCCAUGAUGGAGAAUCCAGAGAUGUUGAGGAAAACAGCUGAUGACUUUCUUAAUAGAAUUGCAUUGACGGAUGCUUACCUUUUAUACACACCUUCCCAAAUUGCCCUGACUGCCAUUUUAUCUAGUGCAUCUCGAGCAGGAAUUACUAUGGAAAGUUAUUUGUCAGAAAGUCUGAUGCUGAAAGAGAACAGAACUUGCUUGUCACAGUUACUAGAUAUAAUGAAAAGUAUGAGAAACUUGGUAAAAAAAUAUGAGCCACCCAGAUCUGAAGAAGUUGCUGUUCUGAAACAGAAGUUGGAGAGAUGUCACUCUGCUGAGCUUGCUCUUAACGUAAUUACGAAGAAGAGGAAAGGCUAUGAAGAUGAUGAUUAUGUCUCAAAGAAACCCAAACAUGAAGAGGUAUGUUCUCCAAAGAUUUGGUAUCAGAGCAAGAUCCACAUUUAUUUCUGAAAAGUCUCCUAACCAGCCCCAUUAAAAAAAGUUUGAGGUUUUAUUUCAUGUUACUGCAAGGAGUACAAAGGCAAAUGACACAUUUCCUAUUCCAGCUUAAGAGAUAAAAAUGGCAUUAAAAUAUAAAAAUUUCAGCCUGGGGAAUGGUGGAUGAUAGGUCAGUGUGGCUGAAGACUGAGGGGUGAUUAGUGGGGGAGGAUUAAGUUGCCUAGCACUAGAAUUUGGACCUCUUUGGAUAGUGUUGAAAUGUUUUUUGGAGAUGUCACUGGUCCAUAUCCCUUCCACUCUAUCCUUUAUCCUGUAACCCAAAUGGGCUACUGCCAUAGUAGUCCAGCUGUAAAACAGAAGUGAGGGAAAAGUAAUGGGAAUUGACACCAAGGAGGAGAGCAGAU